GGAGAAUUUGCAGCUUCCAGCAAGCGAUUUGCCCGGGUCACAGCUGGGGAUCCUUCAUCAUUCCCGACAUGGAAUAGUCCUGGAAUUAUUCCGCACACGUGGUCUGUACUAGUCACAUGUCCACAGAGUAUCAGAAAUAUGGCUUGUAUGUUGGGAGAUCGUACAUGUAUGGAAAGCCUGCGGAAGGACAUCACUGAUCUUCAGGGUAUCGUGAUUGAUGUUUUCUCAAGAGUGGGUGCUGUUAGAGUGCCCUCUUGGAAAUUCCCAGAUAAAAUGUCCUGUGAUCUAGACCUGGUACAGUUGCUGGAUAGAUAUGACUAUGUGGAGAAUGAUCCAGAGAUCACACAGGUUUCACAUAUGGUGUUACUGGAGCUUGUGAUUGACAGGCUGCUUCUCCUGCUUCAGAGUUUUGACAUUUACACAGAGUUAAUAAAGAAUGAAGGUCGGUUCACUCCAGCCCGUAGUCCUGGACCCUCUAUGUCCAUUGGGCUAACAGUUCGGAAAUAUUGGAGCAGCAUGGUGAAGUUAGGAAGUGUAUCCCAAAAAACACAAAGUGGAAAGAGAGUCUCUAUACAAGACAAUACUGUUGUGACUAAAAAGAGUGAAAUAUCGAAAGAUCCUUCCCAUUUUUCUGAAUCCAGACUUCAGACAGCCCCCACACGUCUUCACAGCUAUGGCAUUAGUAGCACCUCAAGAGAAUCCAGACUUGAAACUAUAAAGGACAGACAGAAUGUAGGCUCACAGACAUUAGAGUCUGCUCUCGUACCGUGUGAUGCAUGUGCCAUUGCCCAGAUUAGCUUGAAAGAAGUCAGUGAUGCCAUUGUUAGUGUAUGUAAAAGUCAGAAUUUGCCCACAUCUCUCACAAAAGUCCAAGACGUUUUACCACCUGGAGGUAUUCUGUCUCCCAGUGAAAUGCGAUACUGGGCCAGUGAAGAGAGCAAGGACCUGGCUCGCAUAGCCAAACAUCUAUCAGAGCUCACCCAACUGAUACAACCUCUGAGAAAUCAGCUUGAAGAUACUAAGGUUGAGAAUGAGAGGCUUCAACAAAACAUGGAAAGUUUGAUGAAUCAGCUUCGGGUACAGGAAGAAGAGAUGCAAAGACAAGCAAAGGACAAUGAAAGGAAGUUACACAAAAAGGGGCAACAGAGUCAGGAACUGAUGGACAAGUUGGAGAGGGACAAGGAAGAGCUCAGAAAAGGCUCAGCUGUCCUAGAAGAAAGAGUUUCGAUCUUGAAAGAGGAACUAAAAAUGCAACACUGCACCAUCCGAGAUCUAGAACUGGCAAGACAAAGACUGGUAAAUGAGAUGCAAAACAUGGUGCACAAGGAAGAGGUCUCUACUCUGGAAAAGAAAAUGAAUGAUUUAAAAGUACAGUUAGACAACACACUGCAGAAACUACAUGAAUCAGCAGAGGCAGUAUCUAAAGAGCGAGCACGAGGAGAGAACCUUCAGAUCCAAAAAGAGUCCCUGCAGGCAAAGCAGAAAUCCUUGUUGCAACAGUUGGAUCGGCUGUCACAAGAGUGUGAAGACUUACGAGGCAGUCUGGGUGAUGCAGAAGAGGAAAAAGCAAAGCUGGAAGAGCAAAUAGAACAAAUAGAAAAAGAGGAGGAAAACCUGAAGAGACAACUGAAGGAUCAGCAAGAGAUGGUGAGGAUACUUCAGAAAGAGAAGGUGACAAUUGAGAAGUCUGUGACAGAAGUGACCAAGCAACUUACAGAACUACAAGGAUGUUUGCAGGAGCAGAAAGAAAGGGAGAGAUUGUUGAUAUCAUACCCAGACUUACAUCCUCUACCAGAAUUUGAAAGUUCUGGUGAUAUCACUGAAGAUAUGGAAAAACAGCUCCAAGCAAACAGCAUUCGUAUCAACAUUUUAGAGGAAGAAAACACCAAACUGAGAGCCAGUCUGCAGAAACUGGAAGAAAAGAGCAAACAAGGGCCACUUCAGAUAAUUCCUCAGACUCGAUUGUGGACACUCACGCCCAACAGAGAGGAAAUGUCUCCAGAACUUCGGCUUGCUUACAAUAAUAGCAGAAGAAGCAUAGCAAAGCCUCCCACUCCAAAACUAAAUUCAGUCACCUUCACGAAGGAUUCAGAGAGCACCUCAGCUUUUGGUCAGCCAGAACAAAAAGGUUCCCGUCAAGCUGUAAAUCUUCUAACAUUUCCAUCUGAGAACUCUUCAAUCGCUGCUUAUGCACGUGUCAAGCAAGUAAAGGGUAGAAAUCGAACCCCUAGCUCAGAUCGCAAGUAG